CUGAGACCAGGGUUCGAAUCCCGCCUCGGCCCUGGCCCUUCAGAGUCACACUCUCUCGGCCUCAGAGGCGCCUCUGAGCAAACCCUGGCUUCAUCUCUCUGCCUUUUGCACCACCUGAUGUAGGAGGUUUUGAAGGGCCCCUCCUGAAGAAGGAUGUCAAAAUGCACUAUGAGGUGGCAGAUCAUACCAAGUCCAACAGCAGUGCAGCUUUCUUUGAAGUCUUUGAUAAAUGUCAAGUCAUGCCUAGGAAGGAGCUGCCUCAAGUUAGUUGUUCUAGUAGUGGCCAAGCUUUCUUGAAUUCCCAGAUGUCCUUUAAAAUAACUGUCAGCAAUGGCAGUGACAGCAGUGUUGCUCAGCGGAGUCCACCAGAGCUGCAAGUACCUUUGCUAGAUCUUUUCCCAAAAAGAACUAGCAUAUUUGAGAGAUUUCCUAUCCUUCAGAGGACACAGGAGACACGGUGUCCUAAAGUUAGUGGAGAAUGCCUCCAGCAGAAGGUGAAUGGUGUCUACAAUCACUGUAAUUUGAUAUCUGAGAAGAAUAACAUGAUGGACAUGGACAUGACAAAUAGCAUGGGGCCUGUGUGUCGACAGAACCUGCACAUCCACUCAGGAAACUCACUUACUCGAGACCACCCAUUGCCUUGCGAGAGACUCCUACAUGUUAGUCAGCUGAAUUUAUCUCGCUCAGACACGAGGCCUCCUUCCUUUCAAGACUCUGCAGACCCUACCACUCCAUGCAUGAAUGGAAGCCACACUACUCAGCAUAUAAAACAAGAGUACCCAAGCAGUUAUAAGGGCCUUUCUGAGGUUUCCACAUACAGAGGUAUUACUGAAGGAAUGGAACUGAGAGGCCCGGGCAACCUCCAUCCUGAAAUAGACCUAAUGAACAAUGGCUUUACAAAUUCACUUUCAUCAUACUUGUUUAAUAAUGAACAUUGCUCCUCCCUGAGCUCAGUGUCACUCAGCAGCCCUCAGCAUUCGAGCAGGCACCAGACAAGCAACCUGAAAAAGAGAUGCCUCUCCAUGCUGCCGUCUUCUGCUGAUGGGAUUGAUAUUACAACUAUCAUCCACGCAUCACAGACGUCACUGGUUACCUGCGUGAAUGGACUGCGAACUAAUUCAACUGGCAUUUCUUCUUCUCCUGGAGAGAUCACUCUCCACAGUGCACAAAAACCCUCUCGCCCCCAGUCUUGCUCUCAACCUGGCAACCACUGCCAUCUUCCUUCACCUUCUGUAUGCCUUGUACCUGUUCCCUCUGAAAUCAUUCGAUCGGACCGCGAUCAUCCGCCAAUGCAGCAUUUGGGAGAAAAUGCAAGCCUCUGUCUUAUCAUGAACAGUGCUAGUGUUCCUCAGCAAGAGACUUCACUUAGCAACCAGAAGUUGAAUUUUUUAAAGCAAGAACCACUUGAUGAAUAUUCUUCUGCCUCAGAUACUUUUCAGCAUCACCAAGAGCUGCCACCACCUUAUCAUUUACACCAGCAGCGAAGCCAAAGUCAAGGGACACUCUCCCAUUUACAUCCUAUGUCUCCAAAGUCUCUUCAAAUGAGCGAGGGAGAUGAACAAGAGACCAGCAAUGGAAAACAGGCCUGUCGGUGGAUUGACUGUAGCGCUGCCUAUGAUCAACAAGAUGAACUGGUCCGGCACAUAGAAAAGACACAUAUUGAUCAACGGAAAGGAGAGGACUUCACUUGCUUCUGGACUGGUUGUGUUCGUCGAUAUAAGCCUUUCAAUGCCCGUUAUAAACUGUUGAUCCAUAUGAGAGUUCAUUCUGGCGAAAAACCAAACAAGUGUAUGUUUGAAGGGUGCAACAAAGCAUUUUCUCGACUUGAAAACCUUAAGAUCCACCUGCGGAGCCACACGGGUGAGAAGCCUUAUCUUUGUCAGCAUCCUGGCUGCCAGAAAGCUUUCAGCAACUCUAGCGAUCGAGCUAAGCAUCAGCGAACACACCUGGAUACAAAACCAUAUGCUUGUCAAAUUCCUGGGUGCUCCAAACGCUACACUGAUCCAAGUUCCCUCCGAAAACAUGUGAAAGCUCAUUCUGCCAAAGAACAACAGGUGCGUAAGAAGCUACACUCAUGCUCUGAUGCUGAACAAGACAUAUUAAGCGAAUGCUUAGCCAUGCAGCAGCUUCACCCUUCUUCACAACACAUUUUGGAUGGGAAGCGUGGGCGAUCAAUGGGCCAACAUGACCUAAUAACAGGAAUGUACACUGGAUCCAGCACUAACAAUGGGCCAUCACCCAGUGUCCUGCCAUCAUCUCAUGAUGUACCUUCAAGGCAACAUAUGCUUGAGUGUACCAGUGCACAUCCUCACUUAUCACCCAUAGAAAAUAACAGAGAACGGAUUGCUCCAAAUAUUUGUCCUCCUCUUGUUAGUCCAUCAAAAACUGUAGUUGCUCCCUCCCUGCUUCAGAAACAUGGCUCCCCAUCAUCACACAGCCAGUCUCCAAAUGGGCAGCACUUCUCAGCAACGAAAUCAUACACCCAUUUUCAAAACCAGUCUACACAGCAAGGGCCACAAGGUUAUCAAGGCACCUUUCACUCUAUACAGAACUGUUUCCACUAUGGAGACUGCUACCGAGCAAUGGACUCAUCUGUCAACAGUGAUGUGGUAUCAGGGGAAUCAAAUUGCUUUAACCCUUUGCGACAAAAUGGAUAUCACAUUCUCAGUGCACCUGUUGCUUCAACAGGGUAUGAGGUCAUUACUGAAGCACAGUGCAUAUCAGAAGAAGAAGUCAUCAAUGGAACAGAAGAGAAUAAUGGAUUUUUCCAAAAUGGCACUUUUGAUCACUGUUUAAAUCAUAUUCCUCCCAUCUACGCAGACACUUAAACCCAGCUUGAACAUCUAUCUUCUCUAUCACGCUUAUUAUGCCUUUUUGUAUUUACAGAAUUUUUGUUCAACAGUGUUUCCUGUAUUUAAUCUGCAAUUUUUAUGUGCUCAUUUAACUCACUCUCACAUUUACCAAUCUUAUUUUUUUUAUAAAGGAAUAUACUGUAUAAUUAUUGGUAUGUAUUCCUUUGAUGUGGCACUUUGAAAAUUAUUCUCUUAAGGGAGAAGGAGGAGCAUAUAAACCUGCUUGAUGUGUAAGUUCCUUUUAGUAAAAUAUAAAUCUAAAUUAUAUAAUAUGCUUGUAAAGAAUUUUUUAAAAGUAUGUUUUCAAUUUAAGAAUGCUGGUCCCUUUAAUCACAGUUAAUUCAUUGGAUGUUUUCUUGACUAUAAAAGGACUUCUUUAAAAAAAUCACAGACCUCAUGUAUAUAAAAGUGUUCUCUUUGCUGAGCUGGUUUUAUAUUUUCAAUUUUACAUGAAA